AUGCCCGAGACGUCCCCCGAGAAUAUCCUCUUCCGUCGCGCCCGCCGCUUGCGCAAAUUCACAGGCAACUCCAGACUCCAGUAUCAGAGCGAGAUCGCCCAGCACCACAUGUUAGCCUCGCAAAUCCUGACCUCCGCGCUCAUCUGCCCCCUAGAGAUCAUGUUCAAAGACCCAUCCGUGUUCGUCAACGUCUAUACGGGCUACUUGUACGGCGUAUUCUAUACCUUCUUCGAGAUCUUUUCUCUUGUAUUCCCGCGCUCCUACGGCUUCAAUCCCGGGCAAACCGGUCUCACCUUUCUGUCCUACUUCGUCGGCAUAACGAUAGCGCUGCUUGGCUACUUCGCCUACCUGCACUGGUACAUGAUACCCGACAACAUGAAAGCCUUUCGCGAGCAGGAGCAUUGCCCUUUUCCCGCGCUAAUUGGUUCCGUCUUGCUGCCCGCCGGACUCUUCAUCUUCGCAUGGACUGCCGAUCCGGACAUCCACUGGGUUGUACCGCUGACAGAUGUAGCGAACUUUUGCGUCGGGCACUUCUGGCUGAUGCAGAGCUUGGUAAUCUACUUUCCGAUUUCAUACCCAAAGUAUGCGGCCAGUUUAUUUGCGGGAAAUCGCCUGUGGAGGAGGAGCAUCACCGUGGGUGCGAGCGUAGUUUUCGCGACGCUGUUGUUCACUAAUCUAGGCAUAAGGGCGUGA